AUGGCUCACAACAAAUCUUACCAGGUUAGACUUUUAAAGCAAUUUUUCAUGUUCUUUUGUUUUUUACUUCCUCAUAAUUAAAUGUUCCAUUGAUCUGUGAGAACGAAUUUUUCAGAAUCGUUCAGAUUGCACUUUUAGGCGUUAGUUUUGACUAGUAAGCAGCGAAUUUCCUUUUUUUUUUUAGAAUUGCUGUGGUUUUCGAAACUAGUGAAAACUUUCUAGUAAUUCAUUUGUUCACACGUAAAAACAGAAUAUAAUGUACAAGAAGGUAGAGAAAAAAUAGCAGAUAAACCUGCAAUAAAUAGAUAAAAGGCAAUUGAGGGCCUCACGAGUCUCUGAGCCAGUGAUAAAAGUUAUAAUUAAUGAUAAAAGUUAUAAUUCAACUUCGUUUUAGACCUGAAAAAAUUGUAACUACAAAUGCUCUUUAUAGCUCACAAACUUUCGUGAAUUUCCAGAAAUAUAACCUUCUUUGAAAUUUACUGAACGUUUUUUUUUUUUUGAGUGGCUUAUCACUUUUUGUGGAUUGUCAAUAAAUUUGAGCCCUUUUUUUGGACAGUUCCUUGAAGAUAUUUCUCGAUAUAUUUUAUCCUUUCAUCAUUGGCUUACUUUUUCAGUCAGAAAAAAAGUUAUUGUAGUUUUUUUUUUUACGUAAUUAAGUAAUUUCAUUGGAAGUUGACAAGUUGUAUCACGCAAAGUUUUCCAUCGCAAAGAAAAAUAGCGGAAGCUACAAAACGGGACAUUUCAGACUCUUCUUCUACUGUCGAUCUUGAUUGACGUGCUGCUGUGCGUUUUGCUUUUGGUGUCGCUGUUGUACUACUUCAUCAAUGGCAAGCAGUUCUCUUCCCACUAUCUUAUCGGCUUCGCCACCUUUUUCGUCCUCUUCAUCGCCUUCGUCUGCACGUUCGCCUAUGCUCUCCGAACGCAUAACAUUCGAUUCACACUCGUCUCCGUCGCACUUACGGUUUGUGUUUCCAAAUUUUUUUUUUCGAUUAAACUAAAUAAAGAAUAUAUGGCCUUUUGAGUUGAAAUUGACAUUCAAUUUCUUAUGAUAUAGUUCUCAUUCGAAAUUUUUUAUUCUAUUCUGUUAAGAAAAAAAAGCAAGCCGUUAAUUUGGUUACAAACUUUCUUGGUUUGUGCUGAGAAUGAACUAGUGACCAAUUUAAAACUGAGCUAGUUUCAAAGUAGUAUAAUAGAAAAACAUCAUUCUUAAUAGGUUUCUUAUCUUUUUUUCAUUCAUAUAAAAAAAUAAGAUUCCGAAACUAGAGCUUGAUUAUAUGACAGAAGGGAAAAAUAUCUUUUUCCGAUCUCCCGUAGAUUUGGAAAGGCUACGAAAAAAAGGACCUUCAAAUCCGCCUCCUAUUAAGCAUUUUUUUGUAACAUUAGCUUCUCGGCUUGUAAAUAUAUAUCAAUCAUUUUUUUUGAGUGUUGCAGAAGUGUUAGAUACUUAAAUAUAUAGAAAUUAGAAGUUCAAAAGAUGCAAAGCGAUUUCUUUAUAGCCGUCGAAAACCUUCUUUCAAGUUUAGAAUAGUACCAAACCCUUUUUAAUAAUAUCUGACAUUAUUUAGUCUUUUUCUCGCAGCUAGAUAAAGACGAAAUAGUGUGUGUCAGAGAAAGAGUUGUGGCGAUCUUUAGGCGCCCCAUGUCAGACUAUGAGGCGACCUACUUGAAUUUUUGGUUUUCCAGGUAGCGCGGUUUCUAUGUGCGAUCGUGAUUGUUGUGGCAUGGAUGGCUUCUACAACUCCUUAUAGAACUCCCAAUGACGAGGAUCCGUACGAGUGGAUUGCACGUAAAAUAUAUAGAACUUUUCCUUCCUAGAAGAGAUUUUCAGACCGCAAAGUGUACUUGAUUGCUUUCACUGCGUUCUACAUACCGGUUUUCUGCAUUCAACUUUACGUUCUUAAUCGGUAUUGAAAAAUUAUAUUUUCAAAAGGUCUAUCUUCAAAAUUUCCAGCCAUUACUCCAAAGCUCUUGCGAAACCACGUCGCUGA